AUGAAGACUGACUUAAAGACUGACAAAGGCAUUCCCAAAGAAAACAUGGUGAUAAACGUGGACAUAUCCGAGGAGAUUUUGACGCCGCUCGCCUGUGCAUCGUUGGUGAACGAAAUUUUGAAAGGGCUUUUGUACCAGAAAAGCCAAAUUCCUUACCCGUACACCUGGAUGAAGACGGUGGUGAAUCGGAAACGCAACAACAUUAAUGACGCGCAAAGCGCGAACAGGAAUUUCUCCAUAGAAAAUCACUUCAAAGUUGUCUCGACUGCUUUCGAUGCAUUGGAGGAGAUAAUGAGCGGUAUUAGGGAUGAGUUUAGUAGUAGUAGUGAUGUUAAGGAGGUUAUUAUAGUGUUCGGGACAAAUCCGUUGUGUCCUAAGGAGGUUUUUACAAUACAGGUAUCGGAUCUCGCUAAGGGGCAUAUAGAGAGAAACCAUGUGAAUAAAAUAAGUCAAAUACAACCGAAAAUAUUGCGGAGUAUUUUUUUAUCGCAAGCGUGGAUGGAUUCGGUGGAUGGUUCAGCACCCUGCAGUAAUACUUUUGUGUACAUCAAAAAGGAGACAUGUGAAAGUACAAGUAAAAUAGAUACAUGUUUUACACCCAGUAGAACUACAAACUUUUCCGACAAGGUUAAACAAAUUAAUAUCAAAUUGAAUUUUAAUAAAGACAUUGACAGGAAAGAUUGUUGCAGUAACUUAAUGGUAUUUCAAGAAGGUGAUGAUUCUCAAAGUCGUCAUGAAUUAGUGGAAAGUGAAAAUAAUGAAAAAAUUGUGGUUUAUUGCCAAUCAAAAUGUGUUGUUAAAGGUUUUAAGGAUUGUUUUAUUAAUAAAACCUCUGCCAGUGAACUGUGGUAG